AUGAGUCUACUACAAACCAGUGAAGACAUGAAGGGACAGAACAUAUCAACUCUUACCAUCUAUUUAUUUUACAUCAGUGCUACACUUUGGUGUUGUACAGAACAGGAAGAAGUUACAGGGCUGUUUUCCAAGGAUUGCAUCCUGCCUUGUCCUUUCCCACAUGGGAAUGAUGUUGUAAUUCACUGGCACAAAGGGGGAAAACGUCUGCACUCCUACUACCACCACCAGGCAGAUAGCUCAGAAUAUGUUAACAGAACACGGCUUUUCCAUGAGAACAUCCCUAGUGGAAACACCUCCUUGAAAAUUUGUAACCUGACUGUGACUGAUGAGGGCACUUAUGAAUGCUAUGUGGGAACAACGCAAAAUUCUACAAAACGGAAGGUCAUGCUGCAUGUAAAAGUCUCCUCUUACUAUGCACUGGAAUACCAAAAGACAGACACAGAAAGGAAACUGAAGUGCUAUGCCUUUCUCACUUAUUCAGCACCAAAUAUGUCUUGGCUACAAGGCAAUAUAUCCAUCCAAGAAACAGAUCAUAAGGAAACCAGGGAUGGAGUCCUCUAUUCUCUUAGAGGUGACCAGAACAUUAUAAGCACAACAGCAGAUCCUUACUACUGUCGUAGUCAUGUCCAUUGUUUAAUCUGGACUGCUGAAUGGAAGAUGCAAGAUUAACUGUCUAAUACAGAAGGAAGUAACACCGUAAUUCCUUGUGAAUACAGCAGUAACACUGCAAACACUGAAGGUGUCUGUGUUGUUUGGAAAUUAAACAGAAAUUCAGUGACUUCAGUUGUGGCCUCCUUCAAUGGUAUAUCCCACUCUUACCAGCCUCGAGCCCAGAUAAACACAAGUGACCCUUCACUGAUCCUGCAUGAUCUUACUGCAGUUGACAGUGGAGAAUGCCUGUGUAAUACUUCAACACCUCACUACACAAAACUUUUUGUGGCAACUUUGCAAAUUGAAAAUUCAAGCAACACCUGGAAAAUUGUGCUAGGAGUGCCUGUUGCAGUAGUGCUGGUAGCAGGAUACUGUCUCUAUAUGAAGCUACGCAGAAGGGCAGAAAUCCUAUGAGCACCUUGACGUACCAGAAAAAAAACCAAAAUCCUUCUGUGCACACAGGUGCACUUGAAAUUGUUGAUGAAAAGAACAAACAGUUCCUUCACCUUCCCCCUUCAGUUACAACAAGAAGCCACAUGGAAAUGUGAUUCUCUGAGCAACAGUAACAAACAAAGGAACUGAUAGAAGGCGAAAAAAAGUCAAUUGACACUUGUAUGUGAGAAGUUGGCAUGAAAAAUUGGAACUUGGAUUUCCCAAAGGGUCAGAGAAUUUUCCACAGAAGAAGGAAUCCCUAAGUUUUGAGGGAUUUUUUUUUUCAGUGUUAGGGAAAGAGAAGGCUUACUGUUUUUCAUUUCUUUUAGUAUUUGUGCUGGGUUACACAAAACUCUGGUAUCCACCUUUUCUCUUUUCCCAAAAUAUGCUAAUUUAGGUUGUGGAGAGGGACUUAAGGAGAGUACUCUAUUAUCCUAGGAGAAGAAUGUAUCCACAAGUGUGAAAAGACUGGAAUGCUGAUGCCUCAGACAAUCCAGGUGUGCACACCUGCCACCUCAGGCUACCAGCUGGGUGUUGUUUCUUUGUCCUUGCACAAAUGACUCAUCUGUGAUAACUCCCCUCAGGGAGGCUUCAGGACAAUUCACUCACAUGGCCUGAAGAUAUUCACCUCUGCUGAUGGCCAUAGUGGAUCCACCUGUGCUGACAGUACAGGCAGCCUUAACAUCUUAGAAGGUGUCCAAGGUUCUUGAAAUCUCCAGUGAUCCAGUAUUCAUCAUUCAGUGAAGAACCACACCUGGACUUCACUCAGGAGGUUGAGGGUCUCCUCCCCUCAUUUCAUGGGAAUUCUACCACCCAGGCCUCUACCACCACCUUUGAUGGAUCAGGACUACAACCACCAUUGGAGUUGCAGCGACCAGGUCUCACUGCUGGAUCCAGUGGGUGCCUUGUGAGUCCUUCCAGUCUCAGCCCUGCUCCAACUGCCUGUGCCAGCCACUGCAGCCUCACUCCAGCACUGACCCUCCAAACCAUUCCUGCAC